AUGUCUCUCAGGCCACUUCUGAACCCGACAGACGAUGAUGCUGGAGACGAAUGGACAGAUGAUAUGCGGCGUGUCCGUCCGAGGCUCGAAGUUCCUGCUGACUGGGCUGUGAACCCAACAGAGAACCACCUCGAUUCAAUCGUCUAUCCAACAGAUAUGUCGUUCAAUCAUUCCUUUGGCGACCAAGACUCCAUGUUUGUAAAUCAGCUCGGGCCUAUUCCGGGGCUAGACUCCAUGCCCUUUGGCCAAGCUUCCUUUCUGCAGCCGGUGCCUGAUGAUAUAGGGUUGAGUGGUACAUCUAUGACAUCGACGCCUGGGAUGGACUUUCUCGGUGGGCCGGCCGGUAACGUUGACGUUUUGAUGGUGGAUGUCGCUUCCAGUGAGCAGGAAAAGCAGGUCUGCUAUGGGAUGCUCGUCCACGAGAAGGUUAAAUUGGUAGGGAAAGGCCAAGAACUAGACACGAAAAUCCUAGCACUCAAAGAGAAUAACCAGCAUGUUCAAACCCUUAACAUCCGACCAUCUGGCGACGGGCCACUCGUCCUCAGGUUUCCUGACGGCACGGAUCUAGGAUAUCUAUCUAGAAAGAUGGAGCAGGCCUUAGAAGGAUUUAUUGAUUUGCCCUUAUUCGAGAUCGAUGCUCUCACCAAUCUCAAUUCACUCAUUGAGUCCCUGCGUCGGGCUGGGAAGCCAGCUGAUGCGGCGACCCGCGUGAGCAUCAACGUCUAUGGAAGAGAGUCUGACCGCGAUGAAGUAGGGAGAGUGCUUUCUUUGAAAGGUCUCUUCCUCCAACACCCCAAUGACUGUCGUGUUGGGGUCCGAUAUGAUAAUCCACAUAUCCUACGAUUGGAUGGGAUGAAUGAGACAGACACCGAGGAUGAAGAAGACGUUACCGAGGUGGAAGUGGUGGAAACUACGCCUGAGAGGGACGAAGGCUUCGAGGAGACCAUUGCGGAGGUCUUCAAUUCGCUGACACGAGGUGAUCAUCUUACUGAACUGGGAGGGAGCGAGACAUUGAACAGGACCUUAUAUCAGCAUCAAGGAGAAGCGUUGGAUUUCAUGAUACAGCGAGAAACAGGCGGUAUCUCAGACGAGUUUCGCCUCUGGCAACCAAAGCCUGUGGGCCGGGGGCAACUGUAUUACCAUCUCAUCACCGGCAACGAGCAGCAAGAGCAACCUGAUGAGAGCGGUGGAGGGAUCCUUGCUGAUGAGAUGGGCAUGGGAAAAUCCCUUACGACACUGGUUCUUACGGCAAAGACAUUACAAGAAGCACGUCAAUGGGCCGAGGAGACAAAGGCUCCUGGUAGAGCUUCCCUUGUUGAGACGCCUACUCGAGCGACGUUGGUCAUUGUUCCCUCGCGCGUGUUGAUUAACACAUGGGAGAGAGAAAUUGACGAUCACCUUAACGGCGGUAUGAAGAUGAUGAGAUACCAUGGACGAUCGCGCAAGGAGCUAAUUAGCAACAUCGACCGAUAUGAUAUUGUCAUUACCACGUAUAACACCCUUGCAAAGGAGCAUGAUGCGAAGAUCCUCGGAAAGGGGCAGAGCCCACUACAUGACUUUGCGUGGUAUCGAGUUGUCCUGGAUGAAGCCCACAUGAUACGUCGCCGUAGCACAACCUUUCAUAGGGCUGUGGUCGAACUGAGAGCCAAAUCACGCUGGUGUCUAUCGGGAACUCCUAUUCAGAACAGUUUAGGCGAUCUAGGUUCACUAUUGGCCUUUAUACAACUAAAGCCUUUCCACGAUCCCAGAAACUUCAGUCACUGGAUAGCUAAUCCUUUUGGUGUCAGGGCAACCAAGCGGAAAGCAAUCGAAAGGCUCACCCUCCUUCUGGAAGCUGUCUGUCUCAGGCGAACCAUUGAGCGCGUUCACUUGCCAGGCCAACGAUCAGAAAUACGCCUUGUGCGAUUUUCUCCUGAAGAACGUGCUAAGUAUGAGCUUACAAGGAAAGACAUGAAGAGAUUCAUCCACCAGCAGGCUGGGGAAUACAAUCAGCAAGCAGAGACAUUUGGCAUGUUCCAGGUCUUUUUGCAGCUAAGGAGCUUUUGCAAUCACGGAACAUACCAGCCCCGGUUCUCUUGGGCUAAGAGGAACCUGCUAGAGGAUGAAUUGGACCCUGUCUGUUCGGUGACAAGGGAUAGCUUGAACCGCUGCUCAGGUUGCCGACAGCCGUUGCCGGUUAUGCCACAUGGCAGGCAGCCAAAGUAUGUAGAAAGUUGCAAGCAUGUCCUAUGUGAUGACUGUUCUUGGGGCAGCAGCAUUCAGUCAGACCCAGAGGAGAGGCACCACUGUCCACUAUGUGAGUCUCUUAGGGGGUCGCGCUACCGUGGCCAUAUACCCACCGCGUCAAAUCGGAGAAACCGAAAUGACGCGGAUUAUCUGAACACGGACGGUUACUCAUCCAAGAUGAGGGUGCUUAUAUCCGACGUGCAGAGCGAUAUGGGGACAACCAAAAGUAUCAUUUUCUCAUGCUGGACACGGACCCUUGACCUGAUAGCAAAGCAUCUGAAAGCUUCGAGCAUAGAUUUUGAGCGCAUUGACGGCAAAACACCAACAUCUCAGCGUCAGAAAAUCCUUGACAAAUUCGACGGCACCAGGGAGGUACCCGUGUUAAUCAUGACAACAGGCACAGGAGCUUUCGGGUUGAACCUAAAAUCCGUCAAUCGGGUAUUCAUCGUCGAGCCACAAUGGAACCCUAGUGUGGAGAGCCAGGCUAUUGCACGCGCCAUUCGUCUUGGCCAGGAGCAGCAGGUCCUAGUCACCCGCUACCGUGUUGAGAACAGCAUUGAGGAGGCCAUGUGCUCUCAGCAAACGCAGAAAUUGAAGAUCAGCCAGAUGGACUUCAGAAAGGACCUGGAAGCAUCUACCGCUGAUGAUGAAGGAACCUCUGACUAUCCUUCGGCUAUCCGAUGA